AUGCCUCCCAGAACGCUGCAAGGCCUGGACCGCGAUGUCUAUCAGAUAGUGCGCAAGUUUGAGGACGACCACGAGCGCGACAGUACCAAACCAGCCAGAUUCACAGUUUCUGGCGUUUACGAUUGGAUCAAGCGAUCAAACUCAAGCCUCGCGCGCCAGAAGAAGCGCCCACUCGAGGACGCCAUUGAGCGAGUUUUGCGCCUGCGAAAGGAGGAAAAGCUUGAAGACGACGAAGACGCAGCCCUCGAAGCGCGACAGGUUGACCAAUCUCCAAAACCAAAGGAGCGCGACUAUUUUGUUAUGAACAAGCACAUCAGCAAGUCCUGGAACGUACCACGAAAGCAGCCCGAGGCGACUCCUGAAAUGACUCCAGGCGGCGAAUCUCUCACUUUUUCCGUCGAUCAUGCGAUGACCAACGAUAGGCAACCUAACGGGGAGCCCAAGCCCAAGAAACGCAAGGGUCAGCCCAAGGAAGACCGCAGCCCGCCUACGGAUACCUCUCUAGAAGACCUAGGGGGUAUGGAGGAGGCCAUCAAGGUCCUCGUGAAGUCGAUCACGCUACCCAUGUGCGCCCCUGAGGCCUGUCAGAAGGGGCUGCUGAAGCCAGCUCGUGGUGUGCUACUGCACGGCCCCCCAGGCUGCGGCAAGACCAUGCUAGCAAAGGCAUACGCCGCAGCACUUGGGGUAGCCUUCAUACCCGUGUCAGCCCCCUCCCUCGUUGCCGGAAUGUCUGGAGAGUCCGAGAAGAAGAUCCGGGAGCUAUACGACGAAGCCAAGAAGCUGGCUCCAUGCCUGAUCUUCAUCGACGAGAUCGAUGCUAUCAUGGGCAAGCGAGAGAACGCCCAGAGGGAGAUGGAGAAGCGCAUAGUCGCCCAGAUGCUCACGUGUAUGGACGACCUGAACCCCGAGGGCAUGGGAGGCAACCUGGUCGUGACCCUGGCUGCUACGAAUCGACCAGAUAGCAUCGACCCUGCCCUACGUCGAGCCGGCCGCUUCAACUACGAGAUCAGUCUGGGCAUCCCUAACGAGGGAGCUCGAGAGGCUAUCCUACGAAGGAUGCUACGGAAAGUCAAGGUCUCGGAUGACAUCGACUACAAGCUGCUGGCCCGGAGGACACCUGGAUUCGUUGGUGCCGACCUGGAAGACCUGGUUUCUGUUGCCCAGAGCGCUAUCGUCGAACAGUUGAUAUCAGAAAAGGCCCAGGAGGCGUCUUCGUCAACUAUGGAAAUCGACAGCGAAUACGAAUCACCAAUGGUACGGCUGCAUUACGCACUGAUGGCCGCGCCGCGCGAUUCCUUACCUGAGGACAAAUACCUGCUCACCAUGCGGCAUAUGCUCGACGCUGUGGAGAACGUCCAGCCCUCCUCGAAGCGCGAAGGGUUCACAACGAUACCUGACACGACCUGGGCUCAUAUUGGCGCCCUCCAGGACGUGCGGGAGCAGCUGAUGAUGUCUAUCGUCGAGCCCAUACAGCAUCCAGAGGAAUUCGCAGCCGUCGGACUCGAGGGACCCUCCGGCGUCCUCCUAUGGGGUCCCCCCGGCUGUGGUAAGACGCUGCUGGCCAAGGCCGUGGCCAACGAGUCCAAAGCCAACUUUAUCUCCGUGAAGGGCCCCGAGCUGCUCAACAAAUACGUGGGCGAAUCAGAGCGCUCCGUACGCCAGGUGUUCAGCCGUGCCCGUGCCUCGGCGCCCUGUAUCCUGUUCUUCGACGAGCUGGACGCCCUCGUGCCCCGACGUGACGGCAAUGGCCCCGAUUCGAGCGCCAGGGUCGUGAACCAGCUGCUUACGGAGAUGGACGGCAUCAACAGCCGUGUCGGCGUCUACGUCGUGGGAGCCACGAACCGCCCGGAUAUCAUCGAUCCCGCCAUUCUGCGCCCUGGACGCCUGGGCACCAAUAUUUUCGUCGAUCUGCCCGAUGCAGACGCCCGCGUUGAGAUUCUCAAAACCCGUAUGAGGCGUCUGCUGCCGUCGUACGACAAUAUGGACGUCCUGGAGGCCGUGGCGCGCGAUCCCAGGUGCAAGGGCUUCAGCGGAGCCGAUUUGGAUAACCUGCACGUUGCUGCAGGGCAGGCCACCGUGAGCCGGGCCAAGAGAUUCCCGGGGUCGCCGCUGACGCUGCUGCCGGAGGACUGGGAGGAGGCGCUGAAGAAGACCAAGCCGAGCGUUUCGGAAGGCCAUUCUGAGCGGUUUAGGGCUCUGAAGGAGAUGGGCUGGGAGUAG